ACAGCUCAAGACUUCGAAGCGAUCCCCUCUUUCUUUUUCCAUUUUGUCUCUCUUUCUUCAAAAUUAAUUCACAGGAUUCCAAAUUCUAAAACCCUAGUUUCUCGAUCGAGCCAGCGAUCCCUCCAAUGGCGACGAUCGGCAACAACAAUCUCAAUGCCAAGCUCGUUUUGCUAGGCGACAUGGGAGCGGGGAAGUCCAGCCUCGUGCUCCGAUUCGUUAAGGGCCAGUUCCUCGAGUUCCAGGAAUCGACGAUUGGAGCUGCGUUCUUCUCGCAGACGUUGGCGGUCAAUGACGCGACGGUGAAGUUUGAGAUUUGGGAUACUGCGGGUCAAGAGAGGUACCAUAGCUUGGCUCCUAUGUAUUAUAGAGGAGCAGCAGCUGCUGUUAUUGUGUAUGAUAUUACAAGCACGGAAUCAUUUGAGAAAGCUAAGAAGUGGGUGCAAGAGCUUCAAAAGCAAGGUAAUCCAAACAUGGUGACUGCUCUUGCUGGAAAUAAAGCUGAUUUGGAAGAGAAAAGGAAGGUGGAAACUGAGGAAGCACGCAAGUAUGCUGAGGAGAAUGGUCUUUUUUUCAUGGAAACCUCUGCCAAGACAGCCAUAAACGUGAAUGACAUAUUUUAUGAAAUAGCAAAAAGGCUGCCUCGUGCUCAGCCAGCUCAGCAACCAACAGGGAUGGUCCUUGCCGAUAAACCAGCUGGACAAACACAGUCUUCAGCAUGCUGUUCUUAGGUACUUAAUUCUUCAAAUACUCCAAUAGGGAAUCGGUUGAUGUGGACUCCUUGCAAGUGCAGAAUUUGUGAAGUGGAAGUUUUUAAUGGUUUAAAUGUGUAAAUUCAUUGCUGCUGUUACCUAAAUUGUGGGAGGUUGGUGCAGCUUCCUGUUAUUUCUAUCAAGUUCUGGCCUUUGUAAAUGAGUGGUGUUGUGUGUUUAUCUCAUAACAAACGCAUAUCGUCACUUGUUAUCAAUUAUCUACAUUAUUACCUACAAAUAUGAUGCAUACCAGUCUACGGUAGAGAUCAGAUGCUUGUGCUGAAUAACAUUUCAUUCGCCAGGUGAUUUUACCAUCGAAAGUUGUAUGGUGAAACUUUGGUGUUGUGGGUGAGAUAAUAUCGUUUUGUUUGUGUCC